AAAGUUGAGACAACUUUGGCUGUUGAGCACAGAAUUACUUAGAUUUUUUUUCUUUUUUGUGAUUGUUGUCACUCAUCUGAUAACCCUUACAGUCGUUAGUUUCUUGAUUUCUUCAACAGUGUGAGUCAUCAUGAAGCUGGAGGUGCCAAAUAACUUUGAAGAUGUUGCCGUUGAGUUUUCAAGUGAGGAGUGGAAGAUGCUGAGUGAACAUGACAAAGAGUUACACCGGGAGGUGAUGGUACAGAACUAUGAGAACAUGAUUUCUUUAGGUUAUAACAUCCCGUUGUGCGAACUUUUGUUACUUACUGAGAAAAAUGAAACUAUUCAUUCUGCCGAUACUGAGGGAAGAGCAACAUUGCAACAAAAACAACUUCCUGGUAACAGAACUAGCAUCAACAGGAGUGGAGAGUUCAGUGUCAUCCAGAGUCUGCAGUCAUCCUAUGGUAAAUUCUGGGAUACAGAAUGUAACAGAGCUCUGCCUGAUGAGACAUUUAUAACAAGGCAAGACCCACUGAAGACAGAAACUCGACAUGGUAACUGUAGGCAAAGUAAUGAGGACUUUGCCAUGAAAACUGAACUAGAAAAGGAUCUGCAAAUUGAAGUAGAGGAAAUGCCAUGCAGCUGGCUUAACCAUAGAAACAGUCUAAUAUUUUAUAGUAAACGUGUAACCGAUCAUCUAAGUGACAGUGAGGAAAGGCAAAAGAAUUCCUCCCCAGCACGUAAACAAGUACUCAUUAAGCAGGCUUUAUAUAAAGGUGUUAUGAAUGCCAAAGGAUUUUCAGAUAGAAAAAAUUUAACACUGCAGAAGAUCAGUCAUACUGGUCAGAAUCCCUUUACUGCUUGUGAUAAAAACUUUACACAGAAUAAUGACAGGGCAAUACUUCAGAAUGUCCACGUUCGGCAAAAGCAUAAUCAGAGUAUCCACACUAGCCUAAAACCCUAUAAAUGUACCACGUGUGACAAGAGCUUUGUGCACAAAGGCAGCAUGUUGAUUCAUCAGAUACACUGUGGGCAGAAGCCAUAUAAAUGUUCCGUGUGUGACAAGAGUUUUGUACAGAAGAAUCGAAUGCUGAGACAUCAGUAUAUCCAUAGUGAACAGAAACCAUAUAAAUGUACCAUGUGUGAAAAGAGUUUUAUACAGAAGAACGAACUGGCACUUCAUCAGAAGAUGCAUGCAGGGCAGAAACCAUAUAAAUGUGCAAUUUGUGACAAGAGUUUUUUACACAAAAAAAGUUUGGUGUUUCAUCAGAGGCUCCACAGUGGGCAGAAGCCAUAUAAAUGCAUCAUGUGUGACAAGAGUUUUGUAAGGAAGAGUCAAUUGGUACUUCAUCAAAAAAUGCACUCUGGGCAGAAACCAUAUAAAUGUAUGAUGUGUGACAAGAGUUUUUUUAGUAAGAGUCAGUUGGUGAAACAUCAGUAUAUUCAUAGUGGGAAGAAGCGUUAUAAAUGUACAAUUUGUGAUAAGAGUUUUGUAUAUAAGUAUAUCUUGGAGAUGCAUCAGUAUUCCCAUAGUGAGCAGAAGCCAUAUAAAUGCACCAUGUGUGACAAGAGUUUUGUAAGGGAGAAUUACUUAAUGAUACAUAACUAUACCCACAGUGAGCAGAAGCCGUAUAAAUGCACCAUGUGUGACAAGAGUUUUAUAAGGAAGAAUCAUUUGAUAAUACAUAACUAUACCCACAGUGGGCAGAAGCCAUAUAAAUGCACCAUGUGUGACAAAAGUUUUGUGCAGAAGAGUCGACUAGUAUACCAUCAGAAUGUGCAUACUGGGCAGAAACCUUAUAAAUGUACCACGUGUGACAAGAGUUUUGCAUCAGGAAGAAGCUUGGUGACUCAUUCGAGGGUGCACUCUGGGGAGAAGCAGUAUAAAUGCACCAUGUGUGACAAGAGUUUUGUGGAGAAGAGUCGACUGGUAUACCAUCAGAAUGUGCAUACUGGGCAGAAACCUUAUAAAUGCACCAUGUGUGACAAGAGUUUUGCAUCCAGAAGCAGCUUGGUGAUUCAUCAGAGGCUGCACUCUGGGCAAAAGCAGUAUAAAUGCACCAUGUGUGAUAAAAGUUUUUUGCAGAAGAGGCAAUUGGUAUACCAUCAGAACAUGCAUACUGGGCAGAAACCAUAUAAAUGUACCAUGUGUGACAAGAGUUUUGCGUACGGAAACACCUUGGUGACUCAUCAGAGGCUGCACUCUGGGCAGAAGCAGUAUAAAUGCACUGUGUGUGAUAAGAGUUUUGUGCAAAAGAGCUUACUAGUUCUUCAUCAGAAGAUGCACACUGGGUCUGAAUGGAGCGAUGAUAAAUCAGCAAGAAAAGGAGAGUAGUAUUGUUUUAAUGUAAUUCAUCCUCAAGUCUUGGUGAGUACCUUCAACAGUUGAACCCUGUUUUUCAAAAAAUGUCACCAAGAUGACACUGAUAAAUAGACUGUAUUUUAUAUAGCAUAUAUCUUGCACAGAAGUAGGUUAAAAAUAAAAAAAAAGAUAGCUAGGUGUACAAGACCCAGGACAAAAAAUGUGCCCAUUUCUGGUAGGCACACUGGGGUCAGGACUGGAAAAAGUGACAGUAUAGAAUCCUCAAAGCAUGAAAACAUUCCUACAAUGGGGUUAGGCCAGGUUCAGGGGGAGGAUG